UUGUCCUUAACUUCACAGAAAGCAAGACACUCCUAUAGUAAAUUGAGUCUAAGGGUGGGGGGAGGCAGAAGCAUACUAAUGAUUUAAACAAAGUAUGCAGAACUUGGGAUGAAAAACCCUUCCCUUCUGUUUUGUCACAUUUGUACUGGCAAUCUAUUUUAAAGAUGAACCAUAAUUAGAUAUGUGGGAACAGCAGAAAUAGGUUGCUAUUCAAAACCAUGAGAGGAAAUAGAUCUAAAAUGAAUCUAUCAAUUUUUCAAUGUGAACAGAAACCAAAGACAGCUUAUUUUGUAUUUUCUAUCUUUCCACACACUGUUCUGCCUUGGUACUCAGGAAGUACCAUUUACACAGCCUAUAUCAUAUAAUAGGAUGCUGUAUUAAUUCAAACUAAAGGUAGCUGGAAAGACUCCAGUUGAGCACACUGACCAUGAGUUUUCAUGAACCUUUAAAAUAAAAAUAUCCAAAGGAUCAUUAUAUGUGUAAUAGGGGUGUCAAAAAAAUGUAUACACGUGGACAUUUUGGUCGUUGCUCAAGCAGUAGUUCACUGUAAUCAGAAGUGUCUGGCUCUUUCAGUCUCUGGCUGCCACACGAAAGGAGCUAUCACCAUGUCCGUGCAUCUGCAAUGGAUGGUCAUACACAACUGCUCCAGCUUCCUGAUCAAAAGGAACAAGGAGAGGCAGACAUAUAACACCAAGCCCAAUAAUCUGAAGGCCCACAACUCCUUCUGCUACAACAGGCUGAUUCACCCCAAGACAGUGGGCCUGGAGCCAGGGGCCGACGGCAAAGGUGUGGUGGUCGUCAUGAAGCAGAGAUCCGGCCAACGAAAGCUGGCUGCCUCCUACGUGCAGAUCACCAUCAACAAGAACGCCCAGGCCACCCUCAGCAGCAUCCAGCACGAUCCGCAAGUACGGCCCAGACCAGCUCAUGGCCGCCAUCUGCAAGCCAGUGCCAUCCUGUGCAGCCAGAAGCCUGUGAUUCUGAAGAGGAAGCGGGCUUGUCCCACCAAGAGCUCCUGAACACCUCCCCCCGCAAAGCAAUAAAGCAUAAAGCAUCAG